UAUUAAAUUAAAUCUUGACUAAUUUUAUAAAAAAAAUAUUUAACCAUAAUCACGAUGAUAUCCGUGUAUGUAAACAGUUACGUAACACUACAAAUGUGAAAAUGUACCCACACACAAACGAAAUUUCGUUUUGUAGCAUAAAGAUUAAUACAGUAGAUAAAUAUUUUUCAAGUUUAGUUUUGUAAUAUUUACUUUUUAUUUCCGAAGGUACAACUACUGUUUGCAAAAAUAAUGAAAAAAAAUUAAGUACUAUUAAAGAGCAUCUACAGGUUUAAAAUUUGCCAAAUGUAAUACUAUAUGAAUUCUGAGCAACAUAUUAAGUUAUUGACAACAUCUUUUAUAGUUACGUAAAAUUCAGUAACAUGCUAAAGGUGGUUCAGAAUAGAAUUCAAAAUUCCAAAGACAGUUUAAGCAUUUUUAAAUACAAAUGCGUAAUUAAUCACAUAAAAAACAUGUUAGACAUUUUACCGUGCCACCUAUUGGUCGAAACUUAUGCUAUAAUGUGUAGUAAAUAAAUCAAAAUUUCCGCAAAAAUUGCUAUAAGUGCACCCAGAAAAAACCUUAAACAAUUCGAGAGUAAAAUCAACAAACAAAAACCACUUAACUCAGAAAUAUUUUAAAAAAUAUUACAGAUGAAAAUAGACAACAGAGAGAUUAAUGAUUAAUGGACUAAAUCUAGGCAAACAGCAGAUGAAUCACAAAAAAAAAAGAAGGGGGGGGGACAGGCUAUUUUUAAUUAAAUAGUUUCCUUUAAAUAAAUUUUUAAUAAAUCUUAAACUAGCAAACUUAAUGAAUAUUAAAGCAAAGGCAAAUUAAAAUUCUUUAACUACUCUAAUGAAUUAUAUUAUUUCACUUAGGCUUGCAACAUUAGCGAGAAAAAAGAAGAAGCUGGGGUUGACACAGAACCCUCUGCCUGCUGGUGAUGGUCCUGCAACACCAACCUUGCCAGAGAGCCCAGGCGGUGAAAGUUCGGUCCCCACAGUGCCAGAUGUAACCACCAUGGCGUCUUCAGUGGCGGCGUGUACAUCACGCAACACUGAUGACAGUACACAUACUCUGUCCGAUGACUAUCAAGGGAAUGAUGACCUUCCUCCGCUGAUAGUGGUUUACGAGCCUCCAUUGCCACAGACAGAUCCGGGACUCAGUAUGUUAGAGGGUCGAAUGAUGGUUGACGUUCGUCACUUCAUGGUGCAAUGCCGUCUUCUGGAGAGACACAGGUGUCCCAUUUCAUCUUCAGGAACAUAUUUUCUGGAAAGUGUCAACAGGUACGGUCUGCUGACAAAUUUUAAAUUUAAGUGCACUCACUGCAAUCAAGAGCAGCAGUUCAAAUCUGAGCCUGUGGAAUGCCUUCCAGUGGGAAGAAAAAGAAAAUGCAAAAUCGAUACCAACUUAGAUAUCAACGAUAAGAUUGUUUGGGGCGCAAUUUCGGUUGGUCUAGGCUACGGACCAUUGUAUGAACUAUUGUCACUAAUUGAUAUGCAUCCUAUGAGCCCGGGUUGCUUUUCUUAUCACGAGAACAGAAUCGGAGAGCACUGGAAGGCAAUGUUGCAGAAGGAAAUGGAAGAUGCUGCACUGGAAGAGUUCUCUAUGGCGAAAGAUGAUGGACGCAUCUGUAUGGUUGGAAAUGAGGAAUAUGCUUGGACCAUAGGAAUUUUGGAUGGAGGUUGGAGCCAAAGAUCCUAUGGUCAUAGGUAUUCUGCUAAGUCUGGAUGUGCUAUAAUAAUUGGCUUCUACACUAAGAAAUUGUUAUUCCUUGGUGUGAGAAACAAAUAUUGUACCGCAUGCAUUCGGAGCGAACGGAUGGAAAAGGAACCCACGCCUCACCUGUGUUUCCGGAACUGGACUGAUUCUUCCACUGCAAUGGAGGCAGACAUUAUAGUGGAAGGUUUCCGGUUCUGUGAAGCCAAGUACAAACUUCAAUUUAAGAAGUUUGUUGGUGAUGGGGAUUCAAGUGUGCAUGCAGCCAUAGUUGCAAAUGUUUCGUACGGAAGAGAUGUUGAAAAGAUUGAAUGUGCUAACCAUGUCGUGAAGAAUCUCAAAAAGAAUCUUUAUGCCAUAGCCAAGGGCAUCCAUAUGCGGCAUCUCAGCCAGUCGAAAAUCAAAGCCCUCUGUCGCUGUGCAAGAGGUUGUAUCAGCAACUGUGGGGGUGAUGCUAUGCUACUUCAAUCAACACUUCUAAAUGUGCCCAACCAUGUGUUUGGAGACCAUAAGUUAUGCAAUUUAGAUGUGUGUGAGAGAGCUGGUAAAACAGCAAAUCCCUGCAGUUAUGACGCAUUGCCUCGUGAAUUGAUUGUGGGAAUCAAACAAGCUUUUGACCGAGUGAGAGCAAAGUCACAAGCACUUGUAAUGGAUCUCACAACCAACCAAGCAGAAAUGUACAUGUCAUUAGUUGCAAGGAUGGCUGGCGGUAAGCAGAUAAACUGUUCACAGCAGGGGUCUUACAGCCGUAGGGCUACUGCUGCUGGUUUGUCUUUCCAACUUCGCUACAAAUGGCAUGGACAAACUAUGAAGGCGAUCACAGGUCACAGCCCUGGAGUGACUGUGAAGCGAUUAAUGGCAAAAAGACAGAAACAGCAGGUGAACUGUAGGCGAAGGUUGGAUAUGAAUCUGCAUGUACCACGGAAAUCGGAAUCAUUUAAACCACAGGGUGAUAAGAGCUAUGGUCCUCAUGCAACUCAGCCUCCAGCUUCUGGUCUUGAACUAGAAAUUCUGACUGAGUCUGUGAUGAGAAGCAUAGAGCUUACAGUGCAAGAAAGGAAUGAUCUGGAGGUGCAGACACGAGAUCAAGGAAGCAGUCAGUUGUGGAUGAAGGAGCGGAGAAAACGAAGCCACCGAAGCAGCGCGCUGAUUGGACGCCGGCGCAGCGACGCGACUGUUAAAAGGCAGGCCGCGUCGGGACCGCCAAUCACGCUGAUGGGCCGGCGGCGAGAUAUCGCGAGUACUCCUCAAGUGGAGAGCCGGGAGAGCGCUCUUCCGAGACCUUCCCGCCGCAUCUAG